UGCCUCCCCCGAAGGCCAUUGAAGGCCACGACUGCGUAUAUAUAAACAAAAGGGUGAACCAAGUCACGGCAUCAGGUUGUCGUCUGUGGUCACAGCCAGCUAUCGACAUGAAGGUUCUAGUCCUCAUUGCUCUCUGCCUAGUGGCCGUGGCAGCCGCACGUCCCUCGGACAUCGUGGACUUCGAGUUGGACAACCAGGAGCAGGAGCAGGAGGGUCAGCCCGGCAGGGCCGUGGAGGGCGAGUACUCCUGGGUAGCGCCCGACGGCAACGAGUAUUACGUCAAGUACGUCGCCGACCACCUCGGCUACAGGAUCGUCGAUGACAACGUCGUGCCCCAAGCCCCAGAGGCCGACCUCCCCGAGGUCGAGGAUGACGACAAAUAGAUGCAGGACCGACGUCUGAUUUGGAUUCGACUCUUUGAAUAAAUUCUAUUUUUUUUA